UCGCGCGCGGUUCUCCGAGGCUGCGCGCGAAGGCCGACCCUGGCGCCUGGGAGACUCGGCGGCUCUGCUUUGGACUCUCACGACGCCCAAAAGCCGAAGCAAGGCGGGAGCCCCGGCAUUGGCUCCUUCCCGCCCUCUCUGCAUUUCCAUGGAGACAGGAGCAGGAAGUAUAAACCAGAAAUCCGACUUCAUCUCUCUCUCCACAGGCGCCACAGCCGGAGCCUUCGAAGAAACGUCCCCGGGCGCCUUGGUGCGCGCGCUGCGUCUUCGGGCAAGUCUCGGGAAGGAGGCGGAGGGCGCCGCGUUGCCGCUUGGUUCUUUUCUUCCCCAGAGACUGCGAAGGAAGCAGCCUGAGGAAAGGGUGGGAAGCUGUGGAGGGAACCGUCGCCUCUCCCUCAUCAGAUGGGCGCAGGAAGGGAGCGGAGAGAGAGCGCGCGCAGAGGAAGAGUUGGAUGCGUGAGCAGGACUCAGCAGACCCUCUUUGCUCUUAUAGGAUGACACGAAGCCCCUAGGAGGGCAAGAGUCCCUUAAUCAGCAGGUUAGAGGAGAAAAGUUGAGAUGGUACAACUUUUCUCACCCAGUCAAUAAAAGCUUUCUGCAGGUGAAAGUUCAUAGGGCAAGUCUUGGGUUUGCUUGUUUUUUAAUGGGUCCAGAGAAGAUUCCCUAGGGAAACUAUUAGCAAGCCGGCUCAUUAUACUGAGGCUGCUUCCAGCCUGCUACUUAGCGGCAAUUUCAGGUUACGCAAUUUCUGUCGAUUGGGAGGUCCUCGCCAAACAAGCCGACUUCCCCCAAAGACCUUGGAAAUCUGCCAGAAGGGUGACCCUGUGUUUCCCCACGUUCUCUGGCCCUAAUCUCAGUCAUGGCUAUGCAAGAGCAUCGGAAGGUGAAAGAACGUCAUCGCCGCCCCAUAACAGCUCUUGGCUACCAUUCAGCCCGACGGGAGUGCCUCACAGGCUUUGAAGAUGGAGUGAUCAAAUGGUGGGACGUGGAGAAUGGGCGCAUGUCCCUCUGCGCCAAGGAGCAUGCUGGCCGAGUCACCCACUUCCAGUCCUGGGUGCAGGCACGACUCCUCUUCUCUUCUUCCAAUGAUGGCUCCGUGCUCGUGUGGGCUGUAGGCGGCACUGUUCUUGACCGCAUCCUGCUAGGCUACCCUAUCUUCACCUUGUCCAUCAGCCUGGCUCGGCAUCUCCUGCUCUGUGGCAGCAAGGGACGCCUGAUGGCUUUCCCCUUGGAUGAAAGGAGAGAAUCAGGCCACGUGGUCCACAUGGCCCAGGGCUUUUCCGAGCACACACACACAGACAUCGUGUCCUGCAUCGCCUGCCUGGACAACCAAAUAUACACAGCAGGGUACGACAAGAAGCUGCUGAUCUUUGACACCUAUCAGACUCCAGGCAGGAAGGGCCUGACAACCAAGCACUGCAUCCCACGUGCCCAUCGUGCAGCCAUCACUCACCUGCUGCUGGUGCGGCAGCAAGAAACCACGAGGGUGCUCUCAGGUUCUUUUGACCAGACAGUUGGCAUCUGGUCCCAGGAUGGGAAGCUCAUCCAGCGCCUUGGCCCCUUCACCGGGAACAUUACUGGACUCUGCUACGUGGCAUCUGUUGGCAUCGUCUGGAUCACCAGUGGCACAACCCAGCCCACCCUCUAUGAGCCUCAGUCUGGGGAAAUAGUUUCACAGUUCAUAUCCACGUUCCAAGGCCGACAGAAAGAUGGACCUGCUCUUCAGCAGCUUCUCAGCCUGCCAGACUCAAGGCAUGUGAUAGGCACAGCAAAGCCGCAGCAAAUACUCGUCUGGCGCUACAGCGAGUUGGGAUGCCUGACAGUGCUGCCUUGCAAACACCCCCUAGAGUGCCUAGCUUAUGGUAAGCAGCCAUAUAUAUCUCUAACUCUGCAACAGCUCCAGCCCCAGAUGCACAAGCUCCAUCAGCCCCUGCUUGAACUUCUGAAUGUAUCUCCACCAGCCAAAAAGGAGCCCGUUUUGCUCUUCAGUGGGGACAGCAGUGGGAUGCUACAGAAGUGGGAGAAGAGCUACAUCUCUCCCUUCAUCUACAGCAGGGAGUCCUUCCACCUAAGUGAAGCCCAACUGGAAAGAAGAGGCCCCUUGGCACAGCAGAGGGAGGAGGGUGGCAAGGAGAAGCCAGAUUCCCCUCGAAAGCCAGGAAAGGCCUCCAUUGGGCAGCAGAGUGGCUACACCAGGUUCCGAAGUGCAGCGAAAGACAUGCGAAAAGGAAGCAUAGGCUUCACUAGGGCUCUCUUUGCUGAAGAGUUGAAUAUCCUGGUGGUGUCGGCAGCUGACGGGAACAUUUAUCUCUGGGAGUUUGAGAGCUUCAUCCCGGAACCUUCUGCCGAGCAAUGCCCACCUGUGUUGGAUCAAAAUUCUGAAACAUUGGCAUCAAGCUGUGUUCAAGAUGAGAAGACCCAGGGCACUUCAAGCAGUUGUGUAGCAGGUUUCACCUGCAGAACGGUGCUGUGCGGGCACACGGGCAUGGUGACGGCACUUGCCGUGGCAGCCGGCGAUGCUGGACUGUACUUCCCCUACCUGCUCAGUGGAGGAUGGGAUGGAAAGCUGUGUCUUUGGGACCUGCACAACCACUCUUUGCAAAAUGCCUUUUCCAGUCUACCUGAGGACAACGGGCCCAUCCUGGAUAUGGCCUACUCCCCAAAGAGGAGGGAAUUUGCUUUCUCUUCUAGCACUGGCAGAGUUUUUAUCUGUGCUUUCAAUCCUCACUGUGCUGAUCUGGUGCUCCUGGCUGAGCUCUGUGGGCACAAAGCCGCUGUCGUAGCCUUGGUCUGGCACCCACUAGAGGACAAGUGGGUUAGCGGUGCUGAAGAUGGCUCCAUUCGGCUCUGGAGCGAAGAUGGUGGGUGCUGUGUGCAGAACCUGAGAGCCUCCAGAGGGAUCACUUGCCUCUGCAUCGACCAGGUCAAUGGCUGCAUUCUUGCAGGGGUCCAUGAUACCAUCAGGGUUUAUGAUCCAAAUUCUGGAGUGCAGGUGCAAAGUUACACAGGGCACCAAGAUUCCGUCAAGGGACUCAUCCAUGUCCCAGAAAUGGAGCAGUAUGUGUCGGUCUCUCUAGAUGGCACAGUGUGCAUGUGGAAGGCCUAUCGCCCAGGGGAGCAGCUCGAGGCCCAGGUCAGGUGGUGACUUCACUCUCCUGCUGGGUGCUACCCAGGACCUAGACUCUGAGACUCUCGGCUUCCAUUUUAACAAAGAGCACAUUUCCAUCCUUUGCGGUUGUGCAGGAAAGCUUCAAAAGACAUCAGACGUGUGUUCAGCAUGCUCAGAAGCUAGUGAAACAGCUAGGUGGGGCUUCCAGUGGUCAAGGGUGAGGCUUCUGUGCUCUGCUGCUUCCUGUCCCCUCCCCAUAGUCCUUGCUUCUGUGUCUCUCUUUCCUCCCCUUUUACUGCCGUCACAGUCCCUGCAAGCAUAUUCUGUGAAAUGACAUUUGCAAUGAGAAUAACUUGUGCCGACCAAGAACAUACAAGCUAAUGUGGAUAAUUAACUGUGAUCUUUUCUUUGGUGCUGUCUUCUGCCCGUGCCCAUGUCCUGCUGUACUUAAAUUAGAUUUGAGCUUACACAUUCAAGGCAGAAUGCAAGAACUUCAAAAGGCCAGGCACAGCCGGUGAUUAGGUGCCCCCAGCCAGCCUGAAAUGUGGCAGGAAGCUUUCAUGUCAAUGAGUCAUCUCUGUAUAAGCAAUUUGCACUCAUAUUCUAAGAAAUAAUGCAGCCUAGCCAGGAAAGGUUAAAAAAUUAAAAACAGCAGUAAACGCUGAUGCAUAUUGAUUGAAAUUCUUUUCCGGACACAUGAUCAAAGUUGUUAGUGCAGUAAACAUGCAGCUGUUAGCCACUGGCUAGGCCAGGGGUAGGCAACCUAAGGCCCGUGGGCCGGAUGCAGCCCAAUCGCCUGCGGACGGUCCGGGA